AAAUAUCCCAGAUUGAGAAAAAACCAUCAACAGAAUAAUUCAAUAAAUAUUUUCUUCCUUAAAAUUCUAAAAUUUUAAUCUUGGCCAUUUAUUUGGUUAUCAAGAAAAGCAAUCUAACUUAGUUUUUUUUUUUCAACAAGAACUAAACUUAGGAACUUGAAAGGGGAGUUCAAAGCAAUGGCCUCAACUACCUCCCCUUCACUUUCUCUUUCCUCUUCAUCGACUUUGGUCGACGGCAAGACAACUCGUCAGUCAGCUGCUGCUGCGUCCUCCCAAUGUGUCACCCUACCCACCCUCCCUCCCCCACCUGCCGUCCAAAGCCGCGCUGCCAGAACCACUGCCUACUGUCGUAAGAUUGCAAGGAAUGUGGUCGCAAUGGCAACGUCUACUGGAGAGGUUGCAACUACUACAGAGGCUUCAUCAGCUGAUAUGGCAACCACUGAGCUACCAUCUGAGCUUCUCCAAAAAAUUCAAGAAGCUUGGGACAAACUUGAUGAUAAGUACGCAGUCAGCUCACUCGGUGUUGCUGCACUACUUCUACUAUGGAGCUCCACUGGAGCUAUCUCGGCAAUUGACAGGCUUCCUCUGAUUCCUGGUGUUCUUGAGCUUGUAGGAAUUGGAUACACCGGUUGGUUUGCUUACAAGAACUUGGUCUUCAAACCAGACAGAGAAGCUUUGAUAUCAAAGAUCAAGGAUUUGUACAAGGAAAUAAUUGGGAGCAGCUGAAAAGAAAUAGUGUCCUAAUGCUGCCGCAGAGACAUGAUCAAAAUAGAUUUCAGUUGAGCAAUCUUGCAGCUUUGCUCUUCGAAAUGUAAACUCUGCUUUGUUCUUUUGCUGUCUUAAUAUUCUAACAGAAUAAAACUCAAAUGAACUAUGUCUAUAAAUUGCUUAUUUGUACAUUGUCUUUUCAUUCUCUCA